AACUGGAUGCUGCUGAUUGUAUUGCACCAAAAGCAAACCAUGUAAUGUGAAAGCCAUUAUUGCAGUUGUGGACAAUCCAUGGAGGGGUUUUGGCCUUUGUUGAUGGCUCGAAUGAAUCACCAUCAUAUAUAAAAAAAAAACUUUCAUCAUCAUUCCAGGACUUUUUGCUCUUCUUCAGUUCCUUGAAUGAAUCAAAUUCUUCAUAAGAGAGUUUCUUUCCUUCUUUCUCUCUGGCAUCAUGAGUCCCCAACUGCAAUCAUUACCAUGGACAAACAACCAAAGAGCUCUCACCCUCCCUCCCUCUCCUUCUCUCUAUCUAAUGCACACCCCAUCACCCCACUACUAUAUAGCUAAUCAACACACUCAUAUCCCAUUCUUCAUUCAUCCCAAUAUUUAUCUCCACUCUGCAUAUCCCUUACCUCAAACCCAACUUCCCCCCAUUUCCCUUACGCUUGUAGAGAAGAAUCAUGUGUAUCCUAAGAGAAGAGAGGUCCCCUUCUCCUCCUAUACAGGUUUCAAGAAGAAGGCAACAACCCAAGAAACCUAAACUUCAAGUCAUUGGACUCACCAGAAACAGAAGAAGGUGUGGUGAAGGAUACAAGGACAUGGAGUUGAAGAACUUGAAACUAUAUUUGCAGAAUCGAACCAUCUUCGAAGAGAAUGAGAAGCUGAGGCAGAAAGCUUACCUUCUCCACAGGGAGAAUCUAGCUUUAACAAGGGAGCUCCAAACCAAGUUACUUCAUUUGGAUCACUUCUCCACAACUCUUAUACGCAAACAAUAGUUACUGCAAAGAAACAUGAACUGCCUUUUCUACCAACCCCUUUUUGCUAGCUCUCUGUAUUAAUAAUCAUCAAGAGUAUUAGUUUUGAUGAUUUUAUACAUGGCAUUCAUGUUCAUGCCUGGUCUGCUAGUCAUGCUAGAAAUGUAAUGAAGUGCAUGCAAGUCAUAAGUUUGACUUGUUCGUGUCGCUGGUAUACAAGAAGGCUACGCCAACUCAGUCAUCUAAUGUCUCGUGUAUGUUUUUAUCAGUUUUAUCUGAAGAAAGAGGUGAUCUUCUUUUCAUCCUAUCUACUAGUUAGCACCUAAUGUUCAAAAUUCC